AUGGUGACCUCGGUCGGGGGUGCUGACGAGGGGAAGGCUGGUGACUUUCCUACGAGAGGGGGCGACGACAGCGGCCUGCGAGGGGAUCGAGGGCGGUCGGCCAAAGGCGCCUGGCCAGAGCGCGCGGGCAGCGACAUAGUGGGCGACGAGAGGGUGAAGGAGCAGCGGAGGUGCGCACCGGUCGAGCGUGCCGUCGAGGACGUUGAUGACGGCAGCACAGGCGAGGCCUGGGAGGAGAUCAUGGUUGAUGCUUUACCGCCUGAAGUUGUUGACCUGGAACAAGAGGGUAAGGUGGAUGUGAGAGCGGAAGCGCAUGCCGUGGUGCAGGAUGUCGUGGUGUCCGAAGCACCUGAGGUGCCGGAACCAGAGGUGAAGAGCGAGGAGGUGGUGGUCCGGGACACAACCAAGGUGCAUCCUGCGCAUCAACCAGAGACGAAGGCCGAUGAGGUGCUGGUCAGGGAUACGGACACAGCUGUUGUGGUGCAGGAACCGGAAGCAAAGGGUGAGGUGUCAUGGUCUCGUGAGGCAGCUGGUGCGCAGACUACAGAGUAUGAUGAUUGCAUUAGGGAUUGUGAUACGGCUGUUGAGAGGGGAAGGGAACUUCAUGCUGGCUGUGCUGACUUCAAGAUGGUCUCAAGGACACUGACAAGGAAAGCAACUGCUCUUGUCAAACUUGCCAAGUCUUCCAAAGACUACGAUGUUGCCAUUGAGACUUUCCAGAAGGCUCUAACUGAGCAUCAAACCCAGAUACCCUGA